GUCCAAAACAGGAAGACGGAUAUGGCAGCUGUGUUCGGUGGUGUAGAGGGUGGAGGGACCCACUCCAAGGCACUGUUGGUGGCUGCGGAUGGGAGGUUCCUGGCUGAAACAGAGGGUCCGUCCACCAAUCACUGGUUGGUAGGGGUGGAUAAAUGUAUUGAGACCAUUAACGACAUGAUCCAGAGAGCCAAGAAGGAGGCGGGGCUGGAUCCAGACACACCACUACACUCACUGGGCAUGUCUCUGAGCGGUGGGGAGCAGAAGGAUGCGAUAGACAAGCUGAUCGCACACAUGAAGGAGCGGUUCCCCAAUCUCAGCCGCCACUACUUCAUCACCACAGAUGCCAUCGGUGCCAUGGCAACCGCCAGUGAGCGCGGAGGCAUAGUGCUCAUAUCAGGGACGGGCUCCAACUGCAAGCUGGUGAAGCCUGAUGGCUCUCAGAUCGGCUGUGGCGGCUGGGGUCACAUGAUGGGCGACGAGGGCUCAGGGUUCUGGAUUUCUCAUUUGGCGGUGAAGACCGUGUUCGAUGCCAAAGACAACCUGGCGGCCCCCCCUCACGACGUCACAUACGUCAGGAUGGCCAUGGAGGAAUACUUCCAGGUGUCAGAUCUGUUGGGCAUGCUGCCCCACCUCUACAGAAACUUCCAGAAGUCUCACUUUGCGGGCUUCUGCAGGAAGCUGGCUGAAGGUGCAGAGGCAGGUGAUGCCCUCUGUCAGUAUGUGUUCAUCCAGGGUGGGAGAGUCCUGGCCAAACACGUGGAGGCAGUUUUACCUGGAGCACAGGAGUCUCUCCUGAGUGGUGACCUCGGUCUGCCCAUCCUGUGUGUGGGCUCGGUGUGGAAGAGCUGGGAGCUCCUGAAGCCAGGUUUCACUGAGGUCCUGGACCGCGUGGCGUCAUCUGAGCAGUUCAAGGGCCGUUUCCACGGCUACAGCCUCCUGACUUUGCAGCAGUCGUCAGCGCUCGGUGGAGCCAGCCUCGGGGCUCAGAGCGUGGGCGCCACGGUGACCAUGGAUUGCGCAGCCAAUGCCAACGUUUUCUACCGACACACCUUCAACAGCAGCCAAUGAGAGUUCAGCUGCACAAUGCACAGAGAUUAACCAAUCCGUGUCCGGGACUAAGGACUAAGAUGUCUUUUUGACCAAUUUCCUAUUUUAUUUUAUUUUUUUUGCAUUAUUCUAAAUCAUCAUAAUAAUGACCAUGAUAGUAAAGUUGUAUAAUGAUGGUAUCGCAACUGAGUUAAUCUUACAGCUGAUACUGCUGAUUUUGAAUGACCAGCAGCAUUUCAUUUUACACAAGAUUCCCGGACCUUUCUUUCUUCACAACAAUCUUAGAUAUUACAAUGAAAAAAAAAAUAGUGUGGGACUCAGUUGGUGCCAGUAAUUCACCACACAGCCUGAGCUGUGAAUGAA